UUGUUAGAAGAAACGAAAUUGGAUGCGUUGGUGUUGGUGAACUGUGUGGGGACGACAGCCGGAUGGAUUGAAUGGGGAUAUCAGAAGGUCAAUAUGAAUUACCUUCGAACUCAUGGAAUGACCUCAUUCACAGUUGAUUAUCUAUUAUGGCAUCACUUCGGAAAACAUCUUGAGCAGUACAAUCCGGAUAUUGUACGUCAGUAUCGUGUCUAUUUUCAGAACCUUCCCAACCCAACCAAUCUUGCCUCUUUCAUCGAGUCGUAUUUGAAUCGUACGCCGUUACUGUUCUCUCGUGACGGUACGGCCGGUCCUACCCUGAAAGUUCCCGUGCUGCAGAUAGUUGGCUCAGGAUCAGCGUUUGUGAAUGACUCAGUUGAGGUGAACGCACGACUUGAUCCCGCAAAAUCCGAUUGGAUUAAGGUAAUGAGCAGUUUACCAUCAAUUUAUAAUAAUAAAAUUCGUUUUCGUUUAUUGUUCGCGGUGGAGAGUGCUGCCACUUAG